AAGCUAAGAGUCCUAGCUACACAGUCGUUUGGUUAUUUAUUUGUCCACAUCUGAGUUUCUUUGCUAGAAGGGUUCAAAUUAGGUACACGCGUUUUGUGGGUUUAGCACUAAUAGGUAAAAGAAGUGAUAAGUCUUAGUCACUUCACUUGAUUGAUUAGCCCUCAAAUACUUCUCUUAUAUAGAAGAGAUCACUAUGUCAUUAGCCCAAAAACAAAGUUAAGAGAGAAUAUUUUCCACGGUAAGGAUCUGGUUAACUUGGGACAAAGAUUAAUUGGAGGGUGAGUUUCAAGAUCAAAGGGUCAUUUCAGAUAAUCUAAGACUUUUUUAUGGAAGACAGAGACCAAGAAAAGGAUAUGGGCAUGCCUAAUUCUAUGAGCAAUAUUAAUCCUUCUCAACAUGAAUCAUCAUCUUCCCAUCAAGAGCAAAGACAACUAAAUUCACAUCAACAAGUAGAAAAAGAUCCAAACUCCGAUCCAGAUCCACUUAAUGUAGCUGCAGCCAAGACAGUGCAACUACGACAGCCACAAUCGACAACCUCAAUCCGAUACCGAGAAUGUCUCAAGAAUCAUGCGGUAAAUAUGGGAGGACAUGUCCUCGAUGGAUGUGGAGAAUUCAUGCCAACUGGAAAAGAAGGAACUCCACAAGCCUUAAAAUGUGCUGCUUGUGAUUGUCACCGAAAUUUUCACCGAAAAGAAACCAAGGCUGAGACACAGAUAGCUCGUACUAUUGGCCCAUACUCUACAUUUCCCACAAUGCAGAUUAAUAAGUACUUUCACGGUCCCGUGCCAGCUGUAAUGAUGAAUUUCAGAGCGAAUAAAUAUAUCGGAUCUUCAGCUGAUGAAUCAUCAAGUGAAGAUCUUGUCAACUUGUUCGACCGAGGAGGACAAGUGGUAAUGCAACCUUCUAAUUUUUCGAUAUCGAAGAAGAGGUUUCGGACAAAGUUUAGUCAGGAACAGAAAGAGAAAAUGCAUGAAUUUGCUGAGAAAUUGGGAUGGAGGAUCCAGAAAGAAGAUGAACAACAACUGCAGCAAUUCUGUAAUGAAGUGGGUGUAAAGAGACAAGUUUUCAAAGUAUGGAUGCACAACAGUAAACAAGCAAACAAGAAGAAGUCACAAGCGUAAGGCUUCAAUUAAUUAUUAGCUGCUUAUAACCUUGUUUAAUACAUCAUACUGUUUGAUUCUUUAAUUAGGACAAUAUAUUACUACUUUAUUUGUGCAUAAAUCAAAGAGACUAGAUGAA